GGGUUCAACAAACUUGCGGUGUAUACACUCGGCAAACGGGUUAGCGCAGCUCCAAAGAAAAGAAGCCAUACCUCUGUCAUUGUAUAGCUGUAACUGGAUAUUACUCCUGCAGUCCCAUGGCCUGGUAACUCACACUGAGCGUGCUCCUCACAAAGUUGACGCUGUAACUAGGACGUCGAAACCUGGGUUAAAAUCUCCCGCUUCGGUACACACGUUAUCUUCUUGUACGGCGUCUUAACACCAUGGAGGACUACAGCAUCUUCACCGGCAAAACGAAGACGUUUUCUGUCGUUGACUAUGUCCUAUUCGGCCUGACAUUAUUUAUAUCUGCAGGUAUUGGACUGGUGUACGCCAUCAUAGACCGCAAGAAACUAAGUUCCAAGGAGUACCUGUUUGGGGGACGGCAGAUGUAUGUAAUACCCGUCGCCUUGUCACUGCUGGUGACAUUUCUAUCUGCCAUUACGAUCCUGGGAACGGCGGCCGAGAUGUACAGAUACACGACAAUGUUUUGGUAUCUGUGUUUAUCGUUUGUAUUCGCGAUUGUGCUCUCAGUCGUACUAUUUGUCCCAUUCUUCUACAAAUUGGGGAUAACAAGUGUCUUCCAGUAUCUGGAAAUGAGGUUCAACAAAGCUGUCCGGACAAUGGCGGUGAUAAUCUUCAUAAUCCCAACUAUAAUAUACGUGUCGUUUGUAUUGUACGCCCCAACCCUUGCAUUCAAUGCAGUAACAGGACUUAACAUCUGGGGUUCUGUCGCUGCCAUAGGUGCAAUAGCAACCAUUUACACAGCAUUAGGUGGCAUGAAGGCUGUGUUGUGGACUGACAGUUUCCAAGCGGUUGUGAUCCUUGCAGGCUUGCUGGCAGUACUCAUCCAAGGUUCCAUGCUCAUGGGCGGCUUCAGUAACGCUUGGGAAAUUGCUGCUAACCGGUCUAGGAUCAACUUUCACGACUUUAACCCCGACCCUACAACUCGACACUCCUUCUGGUCUAUAGUGUUUGGUGGAGGUUUUGUGUGGCUCAGUCUCUAUGGCGUGAACCAGGCCCAAAUCCAGAGAGCUCUCUCCUGUCCGUCCCCAAGGAAGGCUCAACUAGCCCUGUUGAUAAACCUGCCAGGACUUAUCUUCAUCGUCAGCCUAUGUUGCAUGAUCGGCAUCGUCAUGUACGCCUUCUACGCCGACUGUCACCCGUUAAAAUUCAACAACCUCAUCUUCAGCACAGAUCAGCUGCUGCCUCUGUUUGUCAUGGACAUUCUGAGCCAGAUCCAAGGAUUGCCAGGAGUCUUUGUCUCAUGUGUCUUCAGCGGAAGUCUGAGCACUCUGUCAUCCACCCUGAACGCUAUGGGCGCCGUCAUACCACAUGAUCUGAUCCAACCGUUUUGCUGUAAGAAACUGUCUGACAGGAGUAUGACCAUUCUCUCCAAGGUCACGGUAUUCGUUAUGGGUGGUGUGACAAUAGCUUGUACAUAUGGCGUGGCUCAGUUGGGGAGCGUCCUUCAGGCAACGUAUGCUGUAACAAGCGUGCUGGGAGGGCCUGUGUUCGGAAUCUUUGUUUUGGGAAUGUUCUUUCCGUGGGCGAACUCCUGGGGUGCCAUAGUUGGAUGUCUGACUUCUCUCGCGAUCAUGUUAUGGAUCUGCAUAGCGGCGUUCGUCAAUAGAGCAUUUAAUGCCAUUCCGUCAGCCGUGUCUGUUAUAGGCUGCAACUGGAACAUCACAACAACGACAAUGACGACGCUCGUUACCACAAUGUCCACCAUGAACUCAACUGUAGCUGUUGAACUUCCCCCGACGCCAAAGUCAAGUGACCCCUUCUAUCCGUUGUACACGUUGUCGUAUCUGAACUACACAGCGACGUCGGUUGCAAUAGUGGUGAUUGUCGGGCUUAUCGUCAGCUUCAUCACAGGAAGAACGGACUCCAAAAGCCUGGACCCACGUCUCAUAUGCCCUCUAUUUGACCGCCUCUUCCCCUGUUUGCCAGAGAUGAUCCUCCGACCUCUCAGAUUCGGAGUCAAUCACGAAGGGAAAUACGACGUUGAUGCAACACCAGAGGUAAAUGGCAAAGCAUCAAAGAUGCCUGAGAUGACUCCAUCUUAUGCGGCUGAUCGUAAACAGGAAAAUGGUGAUGGCAAUUUUCCAAUCAAACAUGGCGUCGCCAACAUGGCAUAUACAGAUAAUGACAUCAUUUCUGUUCAUCUGUGAUAUAUGCAAGAUGUGUUUCCUCUAACUUGCAAGCAGUAGCAGUCUUUUGAUCAGUCCAUCACUUUGCUGUUCUUGUAAGAAGACAGAUAUCGUGUUAGCUUAAGCUUGUUUAAAUAGAAUCAAUGUUUCCUCGAAACAUAACACAUAGCUGAACGAAUUUUUCCUUGUAUGUCGACUGCCCUUUCCACUCUUGUUUUAUCAUGGGUGGUUUAUGCAUAGAGCUAAGACAUAGGUAAGUAUGUGCUCAACUGACAUCUAUUUAACAGAAACUUAAACUUAUACUACUGCCUGAAAGUUCAUGCCCCUUACACGCGUGUGCAACGCGUGACGCAACCCGUGUGCGGCGCGUUAGUCACUCAUGUCGAACCCAUGAGCCACGAGCGUGAGACCCGUGUGACACGCGUUGCAUACGAGUGUGAGUAGCGUUGGUCACUCGUGUACAACCAGUGACACACGCAUUUCGGAGAGAACAAUUUGUAACUAAUUGUCCUUAAUUUACGAACCAUUUAAAAAACUGUCCUAAAACUGGUUGAACCUGUCCAUUUACGUGUUUGCGAUUAACUUAAAGUGCUGUGAAAAGACCUUCGCCACAUGUCAAACUGAGGACACGUGUGCUUCAACAGAUGGGAGAUAUUACUUCAUGUGAGACUAUUUUACGUAUUGUACUUCAUCCUUUAUCAGGAAAUAAACAUUACAGAAUCUA